AGGGGACUGCUGGGAUGGCUUCCAGUGAAAGCUGCUCACCCGGAACCUAUGCCCAGAAUUCCUCUCCUGCCCUCUCCCCACUUUGGAGUGCUGUCUGUGAUCGCAUCUGCACAAUAUCCACUGAGUUAAAGUUCCACAGUUGAGUUGAUCUAAAUACGCUUCUGCUAUCGAGGCACAGCAAAACAUCUGAUCCCCACUCUGCUGGACGGCUGCCAGCCACAGGUCACAUGACCUGGAAGAAAAAACCUAGGAGACUUUUGGGAUCCCUCUUCGCAUGGGCUGGCUAUCAACGUGAAGGGCAGGCCAAAGGCUGAUGAACUGAUCUGUGUCUGUGUGAGACCACACUGCUCUGGUAUCCUUUAUGCCCUGGGAACACAACACCCAGCAAAAAUCUGGUGACCGGCUGGCUGGAAUAUCACCCUACUCCUUCUCCUUCUGAGGACAUCCCAUUCCGGGAGCGGUCUUAACUCCCCCAGCAUGGAGCCCACCAAAGUCCAGUCAGAGGGUGGCCUUAAUGUCACCCUUACCAUCCGUCUCCUCAUGCAUGGAAAAGAAGUCGGAAGUAUAAUUGGAAAGAAAGGGGAGACAGUAAAAAAGAUGCGAGAAGAGAGUGGAGCACGAAUCAAUAUUUCCGAGGGCAACUGCCCAGAGAGGAUUGUCACCAUCACUGGACCAACAGACACCAUCUUCAAGGCUUUUGCAAUGAUUGCCUACAAAUUUGAGGAGGACAUAAUCAAUUCCAUGAGCAACAGCCCAGCAACCAGCAAGCCCCCUGUCACCUUAAGGCUUGUAGUGCCAGCCAGCCAGUGUGGCUCCCUCAUAGGAAAAGGAGGCUCCAAAAUAAAAGAAAUGAGAGAGUCCACAGGGGCCCAGGUUCAGGUGGCAGGGGACAUGCUGCCCAACUCCACAGAACGUGCAGUGACAAUCUCCGGGACCCCAGAAGCCAUCAUCCAGUGUGUCAAACAAAUCUGUGUGGUUAUGCUGGAGUCCCCACCAAAAGGUGCCACCAUCCCUUAUCGCCCAAAGCCUGCCUCCACCCCAGUCAUUUUUUCUGGUGGCCAGGCCUACACAAUUCAGGGACAGUACGCCAUACCACAUCCAGAUUUGACCAAGCUCCACCAGUUGGCUAUGCAGCAAACCCCCUUUACCCCUCUCGGACAGACCACCCCUGCUUUCCCUGGUUUGGAUGCCAGUCCACCAGCCAGUACCCAUGAACUCACCAUUCCUAAUGAUCUAAUAGGCUGCAUUAUUGGACGCCAGGGAACCAAAAUAAAUGAGAUUCGACAGAUGUCUGGGGCGCAGAUCAAAAUUGCAAACGCCAUGGAGGGUUCGUCUGAGCGCCAGAUCACCAUCACAGGGACCCCUGCUAACAUCAGCCUGGCCCAGUAUCUCAUUAAUGCAAGGCUGACGUCUGAAGUCACAGGAAUGGGCACACUCUAA